UCAGCCAAAAUAGCCAAAAGAGCGUGCGCGUCGUUCUACCUUUCCUUCGACUGAUCGGCGUUCGUUUUGCUGAGCCCUACGAGCGUCAAAAUGGACGAGAGCGGCGUCCUCGACCUCCAGCCUGCUCGCGGCAUCAUCCGGGACGUCUGGGCGUCCAACCUGGAGCAAGAGUUCCGCUCCAUUAUCCAGCUGGUCCAGCGCUACAACCACGUGGCCAUGGACGCCGAGUUCCCGGGCGUCGUGGCGCGACCGAUCGGUGAGUUCCGAGACGAUGCCGACUACCGUUACCAGACGCUGCGCUGCAACGUGGAGCUGCUCAAGAUGAUCCAGCUAGGUCUGACCUUCUUCGACGAGGCCGGCGGCACCCCUCCGCGACUCUGCAGCUGGCAGUUCAACUUCAAGUUCAGCCUCGCUGAGGACAUGUACGCCGAGGACUUCGUCAAACUGCUCACCGGCGCCGGCACGCAGCUGGACCGACUCGAGCGGGAAGGCAUCGAGCCCCAUGAAUUCGCCCAGCUGCUCAUCGCCUCGGGAGUCGUGCUCACGGAGGACGUGCGCUGGCUGACGUUCCACAGCGGCUACGACUUCGGCUACUUGCUCAGGCUGCUCACCAACCAGGACCUGCCGUCCGAGGAAUCGGAGUUCUUCGAGCUGCUCCGCGUCUACUUCCCCGUCAUCUACGACGUUAAGUACCUGACGAGGCAGUGCGAGAACGAGCAGCUGCGACUGAUGACCCGUGAGCUGGAGCUCCAGAGAAUCGGGCCGCAGCACCAGGCCGGGUGGCAGAGUCUUCUGACCGGGGCGGCCUUCUUCAAAGUGCGCGACUCGUUCUUCAAGAACAGCAUCGACAGCGCGUCGUACGAGGGACGCCUGUACGGCCUCAGAGGCUCGUGCCACGACGGAGAGAGUCCGGGCAGUGAUGCCGGCGCCGACUGGGCAGUCGUCGUUUCGGAUAGCGGGGACGGUGCCACCGGCACGACGCUGGACAGCAGCGUUGACACUACGAAAAAACAUAGCUGCGUAUAAAGCUACCAUAACACCGCCAAACAUUGGACCAAAGUAAUGAAAGCUAGAUAAAUUAUCGGCCCUCUCGCCAUUCUCCAGAUUCUUUGGCGUCCCGAUGGUUGGCGUCCUCUGUGUGUGCGCCAAGUUCAGGACUUCAGGUCAUGCGCGUUUAUUUUUAGCAGCAACGCAAGACUGCACUAUUUUUUUUUUCAAUUUCUCCUAUUUAUAUCGAUUAGCACAAAUGUAUCUCCUAUUCUCAUUAAAUUUCUCUACGCCUCUCACG